AUGGGACAGGAGAGCGUGCGCACUUUUGACACAUUACAGAAAAUUGCAUUAGCUUCCUGUUCUUGGCAAGAAUACUUAUUUGUCAAGCUGGAAGCUGAGUUCGGUGAGCCGAUUGCGGGAUUACAUAUCGGUUCUUCACUGAAACCGGCCAUGAAGGAAGUAAUAGCUUCCGCCUCAUCAUUCAAGCUGCAGCAGAGAGCUAUGCACAUGUGGGGUGAGGUCGAACGUGUUAAGCAGUUUCAAACAAUAUGCGCUUCACUGACAAGAGAAGUUCAAUCACUGUCUGACCAAAAGAUCGGGCAGUCAUCAUCCAUACGCACACAAUUGAAAUGUCUUGGAAAGUCAUGA